ACCACCAUUUUCACCGGUCAAAACAAAACAAUGGUGGCAGUUGCUUGGAAAGUGGAUUUAGUUUUGAAAGACAUAUUAUAAGAUUUGUGUGUUGCCAUUCUCAGAUCAGUAUGGCGGAAGGAGGAGACCGUUAUGAAAUUCCUUCAAGAGACGAAGCGAAACCCAUACUUGAUGAGUUGAUACGUAAGAGAAUGCACUGGGAUGAAAUUGAGGAUAUUUUUCAAAUGUUUUUGGAAUUAUGCGGCGAUGAACAAAAACUUAUGUUCAAUUUUUUGAAAAUAUUUAUGGCCACUAUACCAGAAGCGGCCAUUCGUGAUGUUUUAGUUGUGGAUCACGCAAAUAUUGUGUUUGGCUACGAUGUUGAUCAGAUGCUAGGUGAUUUAAAGAUACUAAACAAAAUGUUCUUCGAAGAUCAUGAAAAGCGACUGACAACCUAUCUGAUGAAUUUCAAGAUGUUUGUGAGUGAAAUGCUACAUUCAGAGAAUGUCUUCACUGUAUUCGAACAAAACCGUCAAAUGCUGGCAGUUCUAAAUGUCAUGCUUAGGCAGAUGUGCAUUUCAGAGUACAUCAGACAAAGAGAAGUUGCUAUCAUUGCAAUGUUCGAAAUGCUUACUUGGUUGUUGGAAAAUCAUGAUCAACAUAACGAUCAGAGAGUGACAACUUCCGAUGAAUACGACUCAUUACGAAUGGAGCAAGAUACCCCUACUACUUCAUUGGCUUAUAUGAAAGCUUGUGCUCUCCACUGUAUUUCACUGCCUUUGAUUAUUGAGCCACACCAUAUGAUCCGACUGUCAGUAUUAAACUACAUUCGAGGGCAUUGCAAAAAGUAUGUGGACAUGGUGAAUGAUGCGGGCAUACUCAAGGGUCUCGCUCACUGCAUUAUGGACAGUUCCUUGCAAGUUCAACAGGCUUGUGUCGAGCUCCUUUUGGAUAUGUUGGAGAACUCCAAUCAACCACAACUGAUAGAUUGGUUUUAUGACGAAUGCCAAAUUUCACUCGACUAUACGGCGACUCCUGUCAAUUUAUUGAUUGAUAAUUUGUCCCCUAAAGCGUCAGAAGAUUUUCUCAACACUUCAAUGAAGAUUUUAAUAUAUUUGGAAAAACACUGUCCCGGCCGUAUCAAGUUAACAGGUGUGAAACUCCUGUUGACAAACCUGUGCAGUUCUGACAUGGAAGCAGUGAAAUUGCUUGCAGAAUUCUUGAAAACGUUGCUAUGUGGAUUAACUGCAACCUCUCACCUGGCAGGCUAUGAACAUUACAAAAAGUAUAUGGGCUUCUUUGUUAAAUUGCAACUGAGUGUAUCCAAAACAAUACCUACCGAUCUUUUUGUUAACCCAUGGAUGGGAAACCCGGAUUCUCCAUUGCUCAAUUUUGAGUAUUUCAUUAAAUAUUUGUUGGAAGAAGGAGUGUUUGGUGAAAAAGUGGGAAACCGCUUGCUGGCAGUGUUGAGGUGUGUCGUAUGUCAGCUGAAGGGCUUCUUCCAACCGCAAGUUGCUCAAUCCACCAGAGAGAUGCUCAUCAAUGAUAUGUCAAAUGACGAUAGAAUGAACAAACUAGUCAAUUUUGUAAUCAACUUUGCAAAAUACAUCGAUGGUCUCCUGAAACAUUGGAAGGACGUAAAAGAAGACUGCCUGAAUAUAAGCCUGGAUAUCAUCAUCCAUAUUCCAGUCGUGUAUCUUACUGAGAAAUCGUUUCUCAAAUACUUGCACGUGAUGAUCGAGAAAAUCCUACUGAACGAACCGUUCAACUUGAAAGAGAGAGAACGAGCAAUAAAGGUUGUGGCACAUGUGAGCAGUGCAGGUGAACCGAUCUGCAAGAAUUUUGUGACCGAAGUGAUUGGCAAUUUGCUGGAGUCUUUCGAAGCCAAUGUUUACAGAUUGAUUGAUGAGACCGAAUCACUCAACAGCGGCGUUAAUCGAAAAGUGCUAGCUGACUGCCAGAAUAUGCUGGCUUUGUCUGACCACUUCGAUCUGACUCCAGCUCUUGAAGAGAUCAGUUGUCGCGAAAUCGUAGUCUCCCUUUCCAAGUUUUUUUUGGCUAAACAUAAUUCCAAAGAGGCGAAAAUGUAUGUAAUGAGAAUACGCCAUUUAUUGUUGAUUGUUGACAUAAACCUAACUAUUGAGUCGUUUACCAAGCAUCAUGACAGAAACCGGUAUAGACAGCCACUUGAUGAAUUCGAGAAAUGUGUGGACACUUACAUGGCCGACAUAUCUAAAAUGAAUAAUAUUUUGAAUGGUUGGCUGGGAAACCUUGAAGAGAAAGAACAAGUCAAUAUGUUGGAAAUUAUCAAAAAAGAACAAGACAUCCUUCGCUUGCUGAGGCAGUUUGAUUCUGAUGGCUCUUAAUGAUAAUGCUUUCAAUAGCUGAAGAUUUCAAGCAACUUAUUGUCGAGCCUCUGAAAUGAGGAGAGAAUUCCUUUCCCUUCAGCAGCAAAUACUGGUUUGUUCAAUUCUACAUGAUAGUUCAUUCAUUUAUCCAUCUUUACAUAAUCACCUAUUAAAAUGAUUUUAGUAUUAUAAUAAUACGUGGGCAGAUUGGAAAGUUUCCGAUCUAUCCAUGAAGAUAAUAACUCUCGUUAACAAGAUAUGUAGUAUCUUUCUGCUCUUAUUUUGUUAUAGAUACUCACUAAAAUUUCAGUCAUUUUUGACACUUAGUAUUUAAGUUACAAUAGUCUGUGUAAGUCGAUGUCGGGUGUGUGCCUUGGCUUGCUUAACUUGAUCAAUCCCAACUCUGUUCACUGAAUUUAGGUGUAAAUAAUCUGAGUUCUGGCACCAAUUUGUUAUUUGGUAUGAUAUUUCGUUGCAUCACUGACCAUACAUAACUGAAAAAUCAGUGGAAUUUUGAGGGGUAUAUAAAUUAUUAUCGAUCGGUCGUAUCAAAAUCAUGAUAUCAUUGUCUUUAACUUUUUAUUUUAUUUUCAAUUCUUAACAUUUUUGGAUUUUUGCUUCCACACAUGUUUGUAAGUAAAUAAAUUUAUUGUUAAUUUCGUCACAAACACUAGUAGUAAUUCACAUUUAGAGGGGUGAGAAUCAACGUGGUCUAACUCAAUUUUUCAAGAAUUUCAGGAGAGAGACUUCAAUGAGAAGGACUGUAGAAUAGUUAUUUGUGCAACUAGUGCGCAAAGUGACAGUUUGCUGCACCAAAAGAAACGUUUAGGCACGUGCCGUAGGCGAGGGCGGAAUGGUUUCUUGAGUGCAGCAGAGGAACUUUGCUCACGUAUUUCACAUUGAAUUUUUCCUUCAGUUACCAUUGAAUAUGAGAAGUGGUUGAUUCUGGGUAAAAUGAUGGCUGAAAUCCAUCAAAUGUUUGUCUGUAUAAUUUUGUUAUUAAUAACAACUUUAAUUUAUUUUAAACUUGAUAAUCCAAUUGAAAAUUAAUAAUCGAGUAUUUAUUCAAAUUAAAAAUUAAAUUGAAAAUUUGAAUAAUUUUGAGUAAAUCUUAAUUUCUAAAUAAUUUUUCAACCAAUCAAUUUAUGAAUGAAAAAAAUAUUAUUUGAAAUAAUGAAUAAUUAAUAAUAUUCAAAAUGUAUAAUUUAAUGAGUUCUCAUUUUUAUUUAUUUGAAAAUCAGAAAAAAUAUAGAUAUAACAAAUUCGCAUUCAAAAUACACGCCAACAAUGUCAACAGCUGAUUGGGAUGGCUGCAAGAUAAUACACAAAGUAUUAGGAGUACGCAAAGUAAUAUUUUGCGCACUAGAGCGGAAAAGUGAUUCUUUGCGUUCUGUAAUCAGUACAGGAAUGGUCACUUUUCAAGGUAACUGUAGGAAAAAUCAAUUAUUAUAAGAAAUUGAGUUUAUUUAUUGGAUACUGUACAUGAAAUAGUACUCUAACUCAUAUCGUUGUCAUACUUCCUUUUUUUCAUUUUAUUUUAACAAUAUUCAGAUGCAAAUAUUGAGUUGCACCACUUUUUUAUUUUCUGAAGAUUUUGAGCUCUUUUGAUUUUUAAACAGUUUUUCUCAAUAAAACUAGACAAAAUUACCUUUAAUUACAAACUUGUAGUAAUUCAGUAGUUCAGUAAUAUCAGUAGUAAUUCAUGGUAAUUCACUUAUUUAUGGUAGUGAGUUAUUUCAAUCUAGCUUCCAUCACAAAGUUUCGUAAUUAAUUUCAAUGAGUAUUAUACAGUUUUGCUGUUAUUGCAAUUUCAAGAUUUAACGUCAAAUUCGUAACCAAAGAAUAAGUACAAAUUAUGUUUUGUAGUGUAAGAUUUUUUGUGCUAUAGUAUACACUUGUACAUUAGUAGAGUCCACUAGCUGCUAAGGGAAAGCGGAAUCGGAAAUGUCAUUUACAUUUGAGUUGCGGACAUUUCCAAUUCCACAUUCCCGUAGUAGCUAGUGGACGCUACUAAUGUCCCUAGGUGCCGCGUGACUUGGUCUGAGAUUUUGUACUUGCUAAUAAAGGAAUAAGUCUGAGAUUGUAAGAUUUGAGAGGUGUAACAUUUUUUACUUGAUAAAUCGAGUAGCCAGAACCAAAUGCUAACAUUUGGUUUCAUGAUUGAUCUCUUAAUUGUGAGAAUACAGAACUAUUGAAUCUAGAUCAUAAAUAGUAUUACCAAUUUAAUUGAUAACUUUUCUAAAUAAUUUAUGUAACGAAAAGGUGAGAUAUAGCUUUUAUAGCAUGUAUUUUGACAUGUGAUUAAAUGUUGAAAUGUGAGAUAAGAUAGCUUUUAUAUCAUCGAUUUUCAAAUGUGUUUGAAUGUCAAUUGAUACUAUCAAAGACAAUCUUUGAUUUCAUAGUAUAGAUUUUGAAAUGUGUUUAAAUGUUAAUUGAUAAGUUACCAAAGACAAUCUUUGGUUGUUAUAAAACUUCUGAUACUUUUAUAUUCAGAAGAAACUGCUCACUUACUAUUAGGAAUCUUUUUAUUUAGUAGACAGCUCCAAGUAAAAUGCAGCUGUAAGGUGCGCCACUUAUAAUUCGUGAUGCACCUUGAAAUAAUUCAGAAGUAGACUAAUAAUUAUUAUAAGAAAAAAACUUGCAUAUUUCCAGUAUUAAGAAUACAGUAUUUCUUGUAUACAAUAUUAACAUAAGGUUUUUCUAGUGCCUAUAAAUAAACGGUGCUGAAGUUCCUCUUUUACACAUAUAUAUUAUAUGUUUAUGCUAUUAUACUUUUCUACUAUUGAAUAUUUGACUUUUGUGUACUUACAAGCUCAAAAUAUAUUUGAUUUUCUAAAAAAA